ACUCGUUCUUGUACCAAAAUGGCGGCUUUAUCACCCACGGUUGCUGGUAAAGACAUUUUACUUAAUUUUUUAGUAGAUUUUAUCCUUAGAUACCCUUUUGUCAGUUGCAGAGCGUUAACUUUGAACACGUUUUCUUUUAUGUCUUACUACAGUUCGAGGAUCGGAGGGGAUAUCAAUGAUUCACGGCCCCCAUUCGUUCAAAAAACACGACGGAUUUGGAAGGUUUGUGACCAUAUCACUUGUGAUUCUGUGCCAAUCCCAUAACGCUGCGUUAAGUUUAAUUACUGCUAAAGCGUGUUAAAGCGUUCAUAUUACGGUUUCUUUAAAAAUCUUACGUUCAGAUUCCCAGGACUAAGUGAUACCGCAUUUUAAAGUCCGUCACUAUAAUCACCAUCACGCAUAUCACAAUCACCGUCAGCUCCAUCUUUUGAGAAUCAACCUACUGUAGGGAAAUCGACGUUAAAUAAAAAUAUGUAGAGAGGGCAGCUUGAAAGUUGAUCUGAACGUUGUACAGCAACAGACACACAUAAAAUUACAUUCAGUGCGCACAUGAUUGAGGUUGACCACUAGCAGGGUUUAUGUCCCGACUAAGCAAAAAGCAGUGUGGUUUCUUUUCCAUGCCACAAGAGUCACAUCAGGGUCCACACAUACAUGUAAGCAGCAGUUAAGCAGUUCAUGAUCAGUAUAUGUCAUCUGCCUGGGAUUUAUUUUUUGUAUGACAUGUUCUUAUAGUUGUGACAAUAAUAAUUAUUGUUUAUGAUUAAGUUUCACUAAUACAAUUUUUCAGUGAUGAUCAUCCGCGAUGCAGAGUGAUGGCUUUUAGCUCCGAUGGAUCUUUGUUUGCUUGGUGUAAUGGUGAACGGUAAUUUGCAUACUUUUUGCUUCUUAUGACACAUAUAGCUAGGACAAUAUUAACAAUAAUAACGAUAAUGAUAAUUAAUAACAAUACUAUCAAAAUCAUAACUGAAGUAAUGCACAUUCUGAUUGAUCAUUUCUUAUUUGCAUGUGGGUGAAUGCUAAUAUCAGUUAUAAUUGAGUGCUAUGCUACGCCAAAAGUGACAAAAUAUCAAAGAUGCAACUUUAUAAUUCAAAUCCACCNAAUGCAUAAAAACAAAACAUUGUAACAUCAUAAUUAUUAUCAGUCACUGACAUCGCUUAGUUAUUGCUUACAGGAUUGUGCUUAAGUCCAGGUUUGCUCGCAGCUGCAAAAAUUGGGAUUUUUCAUGUGUUUGCGAAAAAUCGCAAAAAUCCCAAGGUUGGCAAUUUUUUGAAAGCCAGUUGAGAAAAUUGCGAAAAAUCAAAGUCUGAUGAUUUUUGUCAUUAGUUGGAAUUUUUCGCAGUUCUUUGUCAUGUUGAUGCUCACUUUUCUCGUGUUCAUGAUCACUUAAGUCUAAAGCUGGUUGCCAAUUUUACCAAAGUUGUAAUAAGUCUGUCAAUUUUCUACUUUACUUGCCAUUUUGGCAUCUCCCUGUCAGUGCAAUUAAAGCACAUUUUCACACAAAAGCUAAUGCAGCUCUUUAAAUAAAGGUUUAUGUUAUCUUAAGGUUCGAGCUAGAUCCGUGAGGUUCCAUUGUAUUUCAAGUUUCAUGUUAUACCUUGUUGUUUAAACUAGGAGUAUUUGAACAAGGGACCAAGUAUCAUUAAGGAUGUAUUUGUCAGCUGAUCAAGUUAGACGCAGUGUCUUUCUGUAUUUCCUGAUUGAUGUGUUAUAUAAAUAAUUAUUCCACAGUGUGAUAGUGGUGGAAACUUCCAAGUUCAAUCUAGUUUGCAGUAUCCUAAAAGAAAAAUCUCUUUGCUUGGCAUUUUCACCAAAAGGCACUCAUCUGUCGAUAUGGGAACGAUAUGCAGGUUAGAUCAUUAAUGAGGUAAUUGUAUUUGAAUAUUGUCCUGCAGCAUUGUUUUAAAGGAGGUGGCAGGGUCAAAACUGUAACACCACAUAAAAACAUGUAAAAACACUAUAAAAGAAACUAUAAUACCACAAGAAAAUUUACCAAAUUUCCUAAAAUCCACAAACUACUCACCCUUUGUAAAAUUGCAAUGCUGUUGGUUAAAGUUAAGGAUUUGGAGACUGGAACUUGCUGGAAUUCUUUUAACUGAAAGACAAUAGAUAGUUCUCAUCUCUUUGUACAGCACUGUAAUUACAAAAUGCAGUUAAAAUCUACUUGUGCUCUCUUUUUGUGAAAUCAGUGACCCCAAAUCAACCGGCUGGAACAAACAAUCUUGAAAUCUGGCAUCUUCAAUCAGCAAGACUAGUCACUGGAUUUUGUCAAAAGAAAAAGGAUACAUGGUUGGUAUAACAAAUCAUUAAUUACUCAGCCCCAUAGUACAAUGUUCCAUAUUAAUUUAAUGACUUGGCAAUAAACUGUAAAAUCUGUAGUAGCAGACCACAAUUUGAAGUUUGCUUGGGCCUUCAAAAGGGGGGUUGGCAGCAGUUUCACUUCAAGACUACUUUGAUGAAUAAUUUUAAUAAAGGGUGCAAGGAAAAAUCCAAGUGCUAAUAUUUAUUGACUACCAGUUUAUGAAACUAAGGUGGAUUUUGACUCGACUCUGAAUGAGGAACCAGCACAGCACCUAAUGUAUUUUGUGCUCCCCUCUCAGUGUUGUUUUAAUCAACAGUUGGGAGAUAAACUGACCAACCAUUCCGGGGGGAAUGAUAUUCCUUCUGACAUGGGGUCACAGGACUAUACAAUGGUGUAUGUAGUUGAUAUACUUCAAGACUAAUGUGAAACAGUUAUGAAAGUGAAUAUGUGAGAUUUGAUAUCAUUAACACAAGAAUAUAAUUGACCAUCUUAGUUAUGAACACAACUUUAUAAAAAAAGGUAUUUUCAAAAAUGAAGCCUAAAAAAUACAGGCUUCAACGAGUUUUGAACCCAUGGCAUCUGCAAAACUGGUGCAGUGCUUUUGCCAUUGUGCUAUCAAGUCAAGUAUGUCAAGAGCUAUUCACUUACUAAGUUUGUAUAUGAUAUACCUAUGGAUGAUGAGAAGUCAUGAAUGUGAAUAUGUUUAAUUUCAUAAAAAUUAAACUGGGUAAGAAAUAUUCAAAAAAGAGAAAAAGAGAAAGAUCACUGCAUUUUUGUAUGCAAGCUAAGCAGUUGCAAAAAAAGUACAACCUUGAUCAGCCUAAAACAGAGUGAAACAGGGUACAAAAGUACUGAUAGCUGUUACUAUUCAUUUUUGUUCCACACCCAUUAAUUUAAUGAUUCAUGUAUUUUUUAAUAAUAUCCAGGGAGCCCAGGUGGAGUGAUGAUGAGUCAGUGUGCGCUCGUUCUGUCACCAAUGAAGUACACUGCUUCCAUGAUGCAGAUUUCAGUAGGUGUUAAAAUGUUUAUUUGUUCACUUUUAAAACUGAUAAAAACACCUACAUGUAAGAACAAAAGUAACCAUGUAGGUGCAUGUACGUUUAUUAAUGUUAAGCAUUGAUAACCAUUCAAAGUUUUAGACAAUCUUUUUUCUCAAACCAAUUCUUCAAAGCUAAUUUUAGAAGAAGUCUGGAAAAUUCAAAUUAAGUCUGGAAAUAAUGCAAAAAAUAUCUGGACAUUUAAAAACAAGCCUAGAAUGCCUCUUGCUUUUAUAAGAAAUAACAAGUCGAGACUAUCAUUUUGCAGCACAAACUUUUCACAUUAUAACUUUUUUCCUUUUUCUUUCCUGCUAGCCUCAAUUGCCACCAAACUAAGGCUUCAAGGUGUUUCAGAGUUUGAGUUGUCCCCAGGUCCCCCUCCAUUUACUGUGGCUGCCUACGUUCCUGGUGUGAAAGUGAGUAUCGCAUUCAGUGCUCUUUCAGUCUAAGUUAAAGCAUGAAUAAUUACAGUACAUUUAAGCACCAUCUACAUUUAUGUACUUUCAUUAUGAUACUUUACAAUCAAAUUAAUAAGAAACAGUAGUAGGCACUGUGGAAGUUUGUACCUUCAAGUGCACCUGUGUAAAAUUACAAGAAGAUGCCUGCUAUCCACACAUAUCUUUGAAAAAACUGCAGUUUUUGUUACUUCAUAAACUUUUCUUACAAAAAAACCUUUUUAUUAUAUAAACACCAAUGAAAUACCAGGUGAGCUUUCGCGCGAAAAAAUGAUAUCUUCACAUGUGAAAGUAACAUGUUAUUUCCACGUGUGAAAACAUCACCGAUGCUAUGGCUACAUAAUAAAUCGCGCCUUUCGCAGGAUAAAACUGUUUCAGUGAAAUGGUUUGGUAUUUCAUUGGUGUUUAUAUAAUAAAUAGAACAUUACAUGGCCGCUUGGAGAUACGAAAUUACACAAGAAGAGAAAUUUCGUAUCUCCACGUGGCCAUGUAAUAUCCUCUAUAUCCAAGACAAAACUUUAAGAUAAUCUACCAGUAACAAAGUGUUUUUUUUAACUGUCUCCCUACAACUGAGUGAGCUGAAACACAUCAAAAAUGUACAGUACCCAUGCAGCCUUUAACCCUUUAAGUCCAAAUAGUGACCAACAGCAAUUCUCUCCUAACGAUAUCCAUACAUGAUCAUGAGAUGAGGUUAUGAGAAUUAAUUAAAUGCUCACCUAAGAGAAAAUACUUUGAUCUUUUAUCAAAUUCUCUCAACUCAUUCUUUAAGGAAAUGUAUAGAGAUCAGUUUGGAGAAUUUGUAUGUGGAUAUUGGGGCUUAAAGGGUUAAAUACAUGUAGUUGCUGAAUUUGUUGUAAUUUGACAUUUAGGGUGCCCCAUCAUAUGUACGUCUGUUUAGACACCCCAAUUUUGACAGCCCUGCUUCUGUCCUUGCCAACAAGAGUUUCUUCAAAGCUGACAGAGUAAAAAUGAUGUGGAACAAGAAAGGUAAUUUAUAAACAUGAGAAUGCCUCUCUAUGGCUCUGCAAAAUUGCCAAGUACACAAUACUAUUACAGUCAAACUUUACAGUAGUAGUGUUUAAAAUAUAAGUUGUCCCGCUAAACUAACAGUUCAGUAAAACCUGAAUGAAGCAUACACAACUGUGAGUGCAUCCUAAACAGUUGUAUUUUUUGUAAAAAGAACCUUAUCAAAUGGAUGCCUCUAUUAAGCAUAGCUCCUUAAAAAAUGUUUGGAUUGCAGCCAGAUAUUGUAAGAAAGUUUACUCUAUUUGCAGGCUUUACAUGAUACAAAUGCUUGUAAAAUUUAUUUGUCUUGUUUUCAGGUGCGGCUGUCCUUGUUAUGGCGAUAACUGAUGUUGACAAGACAGGAGCAUCAUAUUAUGGUGAACAAACAUUACAGUUCAUAAGUACAUCUGGUGAGAGCAGCAUGGUACAGCUAGGUAAGAUAUGGAGAGUGACUGACACUGAAUAUCUCCUUACUCUAUCAAAUCAGUGAAAUGUUUGAACCCAGGAGUCAUAGGUGGAGCAUGAUUUGCUGGAUGAGUGUAUUCCUGAAUAGGAAUGUUGUUGACAGUGACUGACGUUUUUGACAACCUGUGUGGUAGUCAUCUUCAGAGACAAAGCGAGUUCUAUCAUGUCAGUUGAUGGUGAUAAACUCUGGUUAUCAACCAAAUCAAUUGGUUAAUAAAUUAGGUGGCAAUACAACUCACUUUCUCUCUGAAGAUGAAAACCACACAGGCUGAUGAAACAUCUGUCACUGUCAGCAACAAUCCCAUUCAGGAAUACACUCACCCAUGUCCACCUAUUUAUCAAUUCACUUAAGCAGGAAGGUAAUGACAAAAAUCAGUUAUGGGUUAAGAAAUCCAAAAUUGAUUAAACUGGACCUUCAUCAAGUGCAUUAUUAUUUUGGUCAGAUGUUUGCCAGUUGACCUCUUCUUGUGAUUGGUUACUUGUUUAAGGUUGUAGUUAGGAGCAACAUUAACUUAAUACUUUGCACUUUACUAAACUUGAUUUAAUUUUUUUUUCAUUCAACUAAAACGUUAUAUUUCUGUCAAAGAAGGAGUUUUUGCUCAAAGCUGUUGGUUUGGCUUAAUAUUUCCAAAAACUGUCACAUUAAGGUAGACUUCCACUGUGCAUGUGUUUGUUGAAUGUGUUUUUCUUGUUUUCAAAGGUAAGAGAGGCCCAGUCUACGCUGUCCAGUGGAGUCCAAACUCCAAAGAAUUCUGUGUGGUUUAUGGUUGUAUCCUUUUGUUCAAUGAAUGGAACAAAGGCUAGCAAUGUCUUAGUUUAGUGGAAAAAUAAUGUAACUGUGUAAGUAGAGAACUUUUCAAUACUACUAUGUCGGACAAUAAGAAUAAAAUUCUAGGUUCAAUGUAGCUACAUGUACCCCUCCCCUAACCCAAUGUUAAUGCUUGACCUACCCCUACCUUAAACCAAUGUUAACAUUCCAUCUACUCCUCCCUCAACCCAAUGUUAAUGCUUGACCUACAAUGUACCCCUCCCUUAUCCCAAUGUUAACACUUCACCUAUGCCUCCCUUAACCCAAUGUUAAUGCUUCACUUCCUCCUCCCUUAACCCAUUGUUGACACUUCACUUACCCUUCCUUUAACCAAACGUCAACACCAACUUCUCACUUAGGUCAAAAUGUUGGGUGAGGGGAGGGGUAGUUAGGUAGUUUCUUAGAAAAUUAUACUGGGAGACAAAUAGCUUGCGUAGGAUGGUGCUUUUGAUCGGGCGCGCAAAAAAGCCAAGGUGGGCGAGGGCUUUGUGGCUUCACCCCUCAGCAGUGCACCCCACAAAACCUUAACCGCCAUAAUAUGGAGGCUAAGAAACAUAGUUUUUUUCAUUAGCUAUGUUUACGUGAACUGUUACUCUGUUCAAGUUUCAUUUUCAGCUACUGGUGAAUCUGUAAUUAUGUUCCUUAGUUCCAAUGUCUGAUAUAUCAUCCUUGACAAUGUUUGACCAGUCAUGCCAGCAAAGGCUACACUAUUUGAUCUUAAAUGCAAUCCACUGUUUGACUUUGGGACUGGACCAAGGAAUGACAUCUUCUUUAAUCCACAUGGAAAUAAUAUCCUUUUUUGUAAAGAAAUGCUCUCAGAAUAAAUGCAAAGUACAUAAUUAUGUCACUACCCUGUAAGCAGUGAUUUCUCCAGGCAAAAGGCCAUAGUCCCCUGCCUUUCAGAGCCUUUCAAAAGUGACAUAUCGAAGAGCAGAGGUGCAAAAGGAUCUUUUCUUGCAAAGAGAGAAGGUAAAUUAUUAUAAUAAUGUUGUUUUUGUGUUGCUGUCACUUUGUUUGACAGACAACCUUCAUCUGAUCAGAGGAUAAAACAAAAUAGAGCAUUUUAAAUAGGUCUCCAUAGCUUAGUUGGUAGAGUAUUGCAGGGCAAAUGGAGGGGCCAUGAGCUUGAAGGGCUAAUGCAGGGGCCAUGAGCUUGAAUCCCAUUGAAGCCUUGAAAUUUUUUUGUGGGAUUAAUUUGCAAUUGCUUAAAUUGUGUUGUCUUCUUCAAUGUUCAUAAUUUUAUUUAGUUUUGUAUUUCUGCAGUUCACAUCAUCUUAAUUCAAAAACCAGUAUAAUAACUAUAUUCUUGGGGAUCAGAGUCAUUAUCUUUAUCCUUAACUAUUGGUACUUAUUUGUUUGGCUGGAUUUGGAAAUCUUAGAGGCCAACUGGUAAGAGGAUGAUGUUCUUUGAAACAUUGUUAUUUGUACUUUAUCUUUCCUGUUUUAUUAAAGUCGUUUUGCUAUUGAAAAUAGUUUCUAUGCUCGCCACCUUAUACAUGUACCGAUGUAGGUGAUUUCUGAUGAUCUUCUACGCCUAUCCCAGAAGCUUAAAGCAACGGUAACAUGAGUAACAGAAACGUGCAACUUGUUUUGCAACAUUCCUGCAACCGGUUAAAAAGGAUGUUGUGCAUUUUACCACCCACUAAUCACUCCUGACUUAGCUUGCGAAAACAUCCGUUUCUCCUCGCUCUUCUUCGCGAGGAGGAACGUCUGGGACUCAGCGACAGAAAUUGAUGGCGUAAAAUCUGUCCGGAAUCCGGUCAGAAGUGCUGAUUGGUAGCGCGAAACCUCCCCAGCGGCGAAGAGCGAGGAGAAACGGAUGUUUUCGCAGGCUACUCCUGACUUGCAUGCAACAUAUCAGGUUGUUGCAAUUUGCUUGAAUAGUGAUUGGAUUUAAGCGGGAGUCACUCCACACGUGGCACACGUGGGUGUGAUGUCACUUGCUGCAAAACAAGUUUGCCUUAAGCCGGUAGAACGAACAGCAUGUACAGAUUUUGUUGCAAAAAGUAGAACUACUCCUGGCCUCCCACGCAGACGUUCUUAGGGGUUCGUCACGCGUUCCGUGACGAGCCAAAAGAACGUCUGCGGAGGAGGCUAAACUACUCCCCGUCUCGCGCCUGCAGUCACGCGCGUUUGGCUCGAUGGCAGGCUCGAUGGAUUGGGAAAAACGACAGACUGAUCGUAAUUUAUAAAAUUUUGUAAAUCCACUAAAAGCUAACUUGCCAAAAUUAAUGUCAAUGAAGUGUUCACUUUUAACAAUACAUCUAGUAUGAUAUUAUUUAUCAAUUAUUGUUGUUCUUGUUACAAUAUUUAUCCUGGUUACAAUAUCCCGGCUCACACUGUAUAGACUGCAAAAUAGUCCGUUUUUUGCGUAUUCAAGUACGCGCGAGCAGUCAAACAAAAGGUCUGGAAUGAGGCUGAAAACAGAGAGCGAGACUGGGAAGAGACGCUAAAAAUACGUAUCGGUUUUUUUUCCUCCCGCCUAACACGCCCCACGGGCGUGUGAGGCUCGCGCGCUUCUCGCGCGUAAGGCUCUUACGCCUCCCUUUACCGAUUUCUUUACUGAUUUUGAGAAAAAAAACAGACUGCAUGUUUUGCAGUCUACACACUGUACCGCAUAGCUUGCAUAGCUCGUGCCGACACGAAAAGCUAUCCAGUGAACACCGAUCCGAUAUGUGACUCUUCACUUUAGAGAUCGGUGCGGCGUAGCUUCGCCCCGUUACAGAAAUCGCGCCAAAAUAACCCGUUCUUAUGCGUGAACAGAAGCCCUAUCUAUCUAUCCGGGUAUGGUUUUCUUGCCGACGCAAAUGCUAUCCGGUAUAAUGGGAACAUAGCCAAAGAUUAAUUAAGAGUUUUUUACUCACUUUUACAGGAGCUCUGGAGUAGAAAGGAUUUCAAGUUAAUAAGUAAACCCCAGGUAAUAUACUUGAAUUUGUCAAAAAACAAACAAAGACAAAACAAAAACAAAAACAAACAAAUUACAGCGAAACGAAACACUUUUUUUUUGGAACUGAAAAAUUUUAAUUCAGAUCCAUGUUGCGAUGUCGUAGAAUUUUCUGUUUUUUGGUAAAACUUAAAUUUUGCAUUAUAAAUUUUGUAAAAUUUAACUGAUAUAUCUUGACUCGCUCAACAGGCAAGUGACUCAACAUCACUUGAGUGGUCUCCAGAUGGUGAACACAUUUUGACAGCAACAACCUCUCCAAGGCUUAAGGAAGGAAAUGGGUGAGUAAGGCGUGCGGCGGGCCAUAUUGGUUUUAAUCAUGCUUAAGACCCGUCCACGUGUAUUUUCAAAAACGCUAACAUCAUAGCUACUCGUGCAUGAUCUUUAAUGAUGUGCUUACUAAAAAAGUUGUACCCUUUGUAAGCUUGUAUUGUAUUAGGCUGAGUGCUCUAGCAGCUGAAUGGGUGACCACUCCACCAGGAUCUAAGUUCCCUCCUCCUUACAAACGGCAUUUUCUGCGUUUGUUUGUCUGGCGUCAUUUCGCGGGGAAACAGGUUGGGCGUGGCGAAAUGUCCGCUUUUUCCUUAGGCUAGUGGCUUUGUUAUUAAUACAUCUUGUGUUUCAUUUUCCUUGUAGGUAUAAAAUUUGGCAUUACACGGGGAAGCUAUUACAUGAAAAGAGUGUGGGUGAACUCUGGGAGGUAGGUUUGUUAAAAAAGAGUUUUUUUCAGAUACCAUCUUUUACGCAGAAAAUAUUGUGAAAUCUGUUAAACUAAGGUUACUAGAUUACUAUGAGGCCAAUGAAGUGACUGGAGUUUUCUUGUUUAUUAGGUUAAGUGGCAACCGGUUCAAGGCGAUAUAUUCAAGGAACCAGUUAUCAGUUACCAGGCCGCCCCGUCCAUAACAAAACAGGAACAAGAGAAAGGUAAGUAUGACUGGUGUUGGUGCUUUGUUAAGGAGAAGUUAACUGCAGUCAUUGGAAAUAAAAUUCGAACUUCUAAUCAAUAGUCCAGUUACGAAUUAAAAAUUACCGCUGAAUACAAACAUUAACGACACAUUCAUACAGGGUUAGCCUCGACAUAAAGUAAAAUGUUCAGAAAUUCCGGCAAGUAAGUGUUUGAAAUUUGAAUACAGUAUACACAAUAGACAGAGUAAUAAACAGGUCUUUUUCUCUUAGAAUUUUGUGAAUAUAUUAUUUCAGAUGGAGGUUAAGCCUGUAGAAAAUGCGUCUUCACUUCUUUAAUUCAGCGGUCAUAGCGAACUUGAAACUGGACUGAAUCUAACAGUGGAAUUCCACGUAUUUUAGUCAUCCUACUGAUAUUCAAAGAGAGACGGGAAAUGGAGAGCAGGGAAAAAAAAAAGAAAGGAAGAGGGGUGCAGAAGAGAGGAGGAGCCCUUUCUCCCUACCCCCCCCCCCACCCCCCCCCCCCCCCCCCCCCCCCCCCCCCCCCCCCUCCCCCCCCCCCCCCUUCCCCCCCCCCCCUCCCCCCCCCCUCCCCCCCGCCCUCCCCUAUACUUUUCUUCUCCUGCCUCUUUCUUUGUGUUUUUUUUUUUCUUUUCUCUUUUUUCCCUACCCCCCCCCCCCCCCCCCCCCCCACGCCACUUCUUGCUCGUUUUUCUUUGCGCCGUCCUAACUAUCUGCACGCCUGCAACAGGCUUCCUACUGAUGAACUGAUACUAUACGUUUCUAGGAGCGACUGUUUUUUGAGUGUCUCUCCUUCGAAUUGUCUGGUCUCCAAAUACCAUACUGGAUCACCAGAAUCUCCUCUGAUAAGUACCCAUGUAACAGUAAUGACCCUGUCUGCUGCAACUGAAUUGAAUCGCCAAAGUAGAAAUCUGCCCGGUUGUGAAUUUUUUAAAGAACGUCUUUUCACCUCUUAUUGAAUAUGUUGUGAACCCCAAAAAUCGUUUUACCCGACCUUGCUCUUGAGACUUCUCCAAAAUAAAUAUCACAAGUUACAUUUUUGCUGUUACCUGUACAGUUGGAUAAUGACUUGUGAGACUUCGUACCGUUCACAUUUUUGGGUAAAACCGAUGUUGUGUCUUUUCAUUUGCAGCUAAAGCGGUUUACCGACCACCAAGUCUUAGAGGAACUGCCCCACCCGUUAAAUUGGUGAGAUAUCUCUACUUUACUUUCGUUGUAAUGCUUUACUGCUCUGGAUCACUUGACAUGGCCGAAAUACAAUCUCAGUACUUAUUUCAUAUUGCUUUUUACCCUCGUAGGCGUGAAAGGUUUUAAUCUACGCUUUUUAUUUCAGCGCGAAUAUGAACCUGCUGAAAAUAUGAAACCCAAAGAGGGACAGGAAAUGUCCAAAUCUGCAGCUAAGAACAAGAAAAAGAGGGAGGCAAAAGCAAGAGCAAAACAGGAACAAGAAACUUCUGAAGAGGUUAUACUCUUUACUUUUUACGUGCGACUUUCUGGAAAUAUCUGACGCUCAAGGAAAAUAGUUCAUUUUGUUCCCGAGAAUUAAAGUUUACUACUUUGCCUAAGGACCCAGUUAUUAAGUGAUUUGUUUUAAUACCCACAAAGAGGAACUUCUACGUGUGCAAAAUUUUCUCAGCGAGAGGUUUUAAAACAUUUGUGGGUAACACAUUACUUUGUUGCCCUGUGACGUCAUUUAUUAUUUUGCAAUGUUGCCCGCUCAGAAGCUGUUGGCGGGAAGCAGUUUCAUUGUUAGAUGUCCUGUGACCUCGAAGUAACCAAUGAGAGCGCGCUCUGUUUGGAAAAAAUGUACGCCAUAGGCUGGUUUGCUCGUGACGUCACGGCGGCCAUGUUGGUGGUCAAGAACAAAAUCAUUUCUCCUCCUCUGGGAACUAAACUCUACUUUUAUGUAAAUUCUUCGAGAAAAAAUUCGAUUGUAUUGACCCCCAACAUGACCGCUUUGUCAAGUGGUUGCAAACCAAGAAGAGCAGUUUGCUUUAUUUGCAAAUUACGGGAAAACACUGUGGUUGGCGGUUUUGCGGUGUGUUUUCCUUUUCUGGUUCGUAAGGUAAGAGAUUCAGCCGCGCGUAAGCUGAACCGAGGACGGCAAAAUAAAAUCCCACCAAAAAUCCGCCACCUACCCAGGCUAAAACGGGGCGAGUUCCAGCCAUGUCAUUGUGGGCCUUCCUUACCGUACCUAUCUCUGUACGUCCUUAAAUGAAUGUUAACUGCCCCUCCGUACUUACCUCACUGAGCACUAUCAUUAUGUUUUUGUUUUUUGUUUUUAGGCUUCGAGUCCAACUCUACCCACACCUCCCCCCUCAUCCGUAGUGACUAGCACAACUCUUCCACCGGAGAAAGAAAAGAAACUUAAAAAUUUGAAGAAGGUAUUCAUUUUAAAAGUGUUGUUUUUUACAUGUGGUCUACGGAAAAUCAAAGAAAGUGCGCAAUUCUCAAGUAUAAACCAAGUAUUUUUCCAUAACGACGGGCUAUCACUUAUAUUUCAAGUUGCAAGGUAUACGUAGUUAAUGCGCAUGGAAUUAAACGGCUAGGAAGUUCUUUGGGUUCUGUUUUUCUUUUGUUCAGUAUGAGAAUAUCUACGGGUCAUGCUUAUAGUAGCCGGGGAAAUCCCUGCCCCCCCCCCCCCCCCCCCCCCCCCCCCCCCCCCCCUCUUUUCUACCUUUCAUAUUAUUCUCGCGGUAUGGUACACUCUACUUACUCUCCGGGCUCUCGUCCCCACCGUGUAAAGGGGGGGGCGGGGGAGUCUGGGGGGGGGGGGCGCCGCUCCGCGGCCCGCGGACCCCCCCCCACCUGCGCGGCUCCUGUAGUGUGCAGCACUGGCAUAAGAAAAAAAACGCGGGGACAAACAAUUCACUUUUAUUUGUAAGUGGAUAGGUUUUUUGGUUUCAUGCCUGUGGAAUCAAAGGGGUGGAAGGUUUUUUGGGUUUUUUUUUUUUUUUUUUAGUAUGGGAAAAAUCUCCGGGGAGGUUUUUAAGUACCGGGGAAAACCCCCCCCCCCCCCCCCCCGGCCCUUAGUAACGACCCUGUUUUAUACGGACAUUAGAUCACUUUGGCGGCGUACAAUCAAUUCUUUCGACGGCGGACAUCCUUAAAUCAGGGUGACAAGGGGCGCUCAGGUGAGUUUUGGGGCGCGAGCCUCCUCUAGAGUGCCCCAAAGAGCCCUCAUUAUUGCAGGCUCUCAGUUAGUCGGAACAAGUGAAAAGAAAACCGAGCGCGGGGAAAAUGAAAGAAAGAGGAAGGGAGAAAGUCCUGGGCUGUCCACUUUCUCUUAGGUCUUUUCGCUCGUUCCCACUACUUGAGAGCCUAGAACAAGCGAGUGUCCGCCUUGUAGAAAGCCAAGAGAAAGGACUGAACAUUGACAACGACAGGGCGUUAUUCGUCUUUUAAGGGUGUUCUUGAGGGGAUAGUUGACUGGACACAAUUUACCUUUUUCCCCAAGCUCUUAUCACUUUGUUGUUGUUUGUAAAUGCGCGUUGUAUUGAAGUAUCAAUAUUUCUUUGGUUUGCUAGCGCUGACUGAAGUUUGAUAAUUUAUGUAACAUUUGCAAUAUAUCCUUAUCUUUCCCUUUAGAAAUUGCGACAAAUUGAAGACUUGAAGGAACAACAGAGAUCAGGGAAGACACUGGAAAAAAAUCAGGUCAGAUUGCCACUUUGAUCCUUAUGUUGUAAAUAGUUUUGGACCGUCCGCAGUUUAUCUCACAGAGCUCAUAACCCGCGAGCAGGCUUACCUGUGCGAGUUCGGGGUGAAGAAUGGGGCGAGGAAAAGUGAUCUCGCGCUCCAAAAAUUUCCCUAACUAAGUGAGCCUGUUUGCCGGCUACGGAAAUUUGUUGCUAAAUGACCUUACGUUCUCAUACUAGCUGUCUUUUCUUUCAUUCGCCCACAACAUAAAGAAGUUGUAUCUCAUCUGUUGCGUCAAAUUCAGAAACGGACGUCAAUUCUAUGUAGCACGAUGGUUUGGUAAUAUUAAACAAUUAAAUAGCGAAAACUGCCGCUGAUAUGUCCCCCUCCCCUCAGUUAUAAGCCCAUCUACCUGGAAACAAAAAAUACAUCCAAAUAAUACCCCCUGGAUAAAAGCCGCCCUCUAGCUCCGAUGUUUAACCCCCCCCCUCUCCACCCUCCUCUCGUAAUUCGAUUUAUUAUGACAUUUUAAAACACAAAACGUAUCUUGAUCAGCACUGCCAUAGCUUGUUUCUAAGCACUUUUUCUAUCCCGGUUAUACGCCCCCUGGGGAAUAAGCCCCCUCGGGUAUAAGCCCCUCCUCCCAAAUCCACUUAGAAGAUGUAUAAACCCAGGGCUUAUAAGCAAUAGUAAGAUCUGCGUGGUGUGAUUUAAUCCUUAAAAAAAAGACACUUUUGUUUCCUUUUUUCAGCUUGAAAAGAUAUCAUCUGAGGCAUCGCUCAUAAAGGAAAUACAAGAUCUCGAACUUGGCAGCUGACACUUUAUUUUUCUUACAUGUAUGCAAGAUUGAACUAUUAAAAACAACUAAAAUCUGCUAUUCUUAUGAUUAACUUUGCAUGGAGAAAAAAAAAAUGCGUAAAUAAUAUAGACCAAUAACUUUUAUUUGUAUUUUCGAGAGUGCGA